ACCUCCGAAGGCCGCGAGCAAUGAUGCCUUCGCAAAGACCAAACGAUCGAAAGAGUGUGAAUUCAUAAAUUCCGUACCACUGUAGUGAAUUUAGUGGCAGGAUAUAUGGAUUAAGCGAACGGAAUAAUUUCUACUGGUACCCUGAAUAAAAUAUAAUGAACCAAUUAGGGGAAACAAGAAUCUUCCUGGUACAAAAUGUUGUGCGCGUCCUUAUUUGACCUGCCAUGUUUUUAUUUGCCAAACCAUUGGGUUGAAGAAGGCCACCUGUUUCUCGCACUGUGAUUGGCCAGCGUUUGUUGACAAACUGAUCAGCCCUACAUUGGUUUACCUGUCACAUGACACGGCCGUGAGUUAUAAACAUCGACUUCUCAUGCGAAGAUUUGCGGGCUUUCCUUGACGUAAAUAUGAGAUAAUCUUCCUGCGAAAGUGUUUUAUUCCGAAAACGAAACGUUGACAAGAUUAGAGUGUCCGGAGUGAAGUGUCAUCUUAAUUUUUUUCGCACAGAAAAUGAAAUUUUAUCUUUGCUUGAGGUUUCUCCUAUGGCCGAUCGAGCACGGACUCAUUUGCCAUGAAGGGUGUUAAGCUUGUCGUGAAAGGACAAGGAGUAAGAGGUUAGGAUGGCCUAUUGUUGGUGUUAAAGAAGUGAAAUAUGAACGUUAAAGACGAAGACUUUACGAGAAGCGAGAAAAUCAAUUCUCUGGAGAAAAAUGGCGGGCUUUCCCCGGGGAGCAAGCCCAAACCUGCGGGAGAUAAUUUCUUGGCAAAACCGGCGGACUGCGAAAGUCAGGCUUCAUCGAACAAAGAUUAUCCGACGAAUUCUACCUCGCUUAGUGGCCUGUUACGAAGGUUGCUAGGUUGCUUAAGGCCUGUGUGGACGAUUCUAGGAAAGGCUUCCAAAGAACAGAAGUCAGACCCUUGGAUAAUUCCAUUCGACGAAAUAGCCGAAUUAGAAUGGUUGGGUUCGGGGGCGCAAGGUGCCGUGUUUCUGGGACAAUAUGGAGGCCAACAAGUUGCCGUGAAAAAAGUGCGUCGCGAAGCGGACACCGACAUUAAACACUUGCGGAAUAUAAAUCAUCCCAACAUUGUCAAAUUCAGAGGGAUAUGCAAUCAAGCCCCAGUCCACUGUAUUAUCAUGGAAUUCUGCCCUAAUGGUCAGCUGUAUGAGGUUUUACGCAAUGGCCGACAAAUCACACCUUCCUUACUGAUAAAGUGGUCAAAGCAGAUUGCAGAUGGCAUGCACUAUCUUCAUCUUCACAAAAUUAUUCAUAGGGAUUUGAAGUCGCCUAAUGUCCUUGUUGGAGAAGAUGACCUGCUUAAAAUAUCUGACUUUGGUACUUGUAAGGAGUUUAGUGAGAAGAGUGCAAAGAUGACAUUUGCUGGAACAGUUGCCUGGAUGGCCCCUGAGGUUAUCAGAAAUGAGCCUUGCUCAGAGAAAGUUGAUGUGUGGUCUUUUGGUGUCCUUUUGUGGGAACUGCUUACAGGGGAGAUGCCAUAUAGGGAUGUCGAUUCAUCUGCCAUUAUUUGGGGUGUUGGUAGCAACAGCUUACAUCUUCCAGUACCAACCACAUGUCCAGAGGGCUUUAAACUGCUUAUGAAACUCUGCUGGAAUAGCAAACCAAAGAAUCGUCCAUCAUUUCAGCAAGUGCUUCUUCAUGUAGAGAUUGCUGCAGGGGAUGUGCUCAAAACACCGCAAGAAAUUUACCUCAACAAACAGAUUACAUGGAGGGGAGAAAUCAAAGAGCAGUUUGAAAAGAUGAAGAACAGAAGUAGUGCACACAUGCAGAACCUUCAUCAGCUUCAACAACUUGACGAGGAGCUGAUAAGGAGAAGGAAAGAAGAGUUAAGACAUGCUAGGGACAUCAGAGUCCACUAUGAGCAGAAACUGGAGAGAGCCAACAAUUUGUAUCAAGAACUGAAUGAAUGCAUGCAACAUCUAGAAGCAAGAGAAAGAGAACUUCUCAGGCGCGAGCGCCAACUCAAACUUGUAAACAGCAAGAAGAGGGUAAUUAAGUCAGAGCUGAAGGCACGUGCAAAUGCUGUGGAGAAGGUGUUAUCUAAUCAGCCUGCUGGCAAACUCCAGUCCUCAAGCUGUCCCAACACCUCCAGCAGUUCCAGCAGCCCGAUAGAACGUAACUUCUGGCCUCAAGAGGGUGAUAGUGAAGAGCAAGAGAGGCAAAGCUACGCCAGAAGGAUAAAAAGAAGUCGCAGCUGUCUGAGCAAAUCUAAACGCCGGAGAUCCCCAGGGACAUUAAAAUCAGGGGCUCAGAAUGUAGACGAAUUUAUAUCCGUUAAGGGGUCCAGUUCGGGACACAAAAAGGGACCUUGUUAUCAUGGCCAUUCAUGGUCCGGUACUGACGAAAUGACCCAUUGUAGCUGCAGUGACAGUGACUAUAAUCGAACUGAGUGUAGGCACACUAGUAAAGAGUGUCCCUACACAGCAGGAUCCCCUAGUAUUAGUAUCCCAGGAAGGAAAGCGAAAAAGAGAAAGCGAUGGAGCUCACAUUCGGACAGCUCGUCCGAGAAUAAACUUCCUUCGCCUCGGGAGUCGUCGUCGGAUGAAAUGUCCGAUCUCGAACCUCAGUUUAUCCCGAAGCUGACGAACGAUUCGAUUGAGUUGACGGAGGAUGAGCACUUUCAAAACGUAAUCCUCCAAUUUUCGGAGUCGUGUCUAGAUGAAGAGUCCUGCGUUCAGGGAGAGAACAGAGGGGCAAUCACCUCGGAGCUCUCAGGCAAAGAUCACGUGAUUCAAGCAUCUUCCUGACUCACCAAUAUACAAAGAAAAAAAUAGAGAGAGAGUUAUUCUAAUUUAUCACAAAUUAUUGAUUCGCUGCUGGGCAGCGGCUUUUGAUAAAAGCUAAGCAUGGCUGGUACCCAGACGAUUUGCAGCUUAAUCCGGUAGAGGAGAACCAGGAGGAGGCUAUUGCGUAAUAGUGAAUUGGCGGCAGCUACACAUAAAAAGCAACGCGAUUCGAUCUUAGUCGACCGUGAUCCGAGCCCAGGAUCAUUUUAGCCAGUGUUGUUGCUAAGUUACAGGAGACAUUCUCAAGGUGACUCGAGAGCUUCCUUAUUUCCAGUGCUGUUGUGUGAGUGAUCGGUAAAAAUCGAAAGAUCAUCAACUUUUCAGCCCGUUUCGAUCGUCCGUUGUGCUGCUUUUAAAGGCUUUCAAUGCAAGAUCUACUCACUGCAUUCACGAUUCGAUUCACAAUAGUGAGCUACUGUAGUUAGUUUUUGUGUACGUAAGAAUUCAUGUAAGUCCAGUAGUUAUAUACGCUGUAGUAUUGUCGUGUUGUUUCAGAAAUUCUUGUAUCUCACUGUAUUUUAAUUGUAGAAACACAAGUGGCUGGCUCACCGAUUUUUGGUUAAACCAUAAAAUAACCACAGGAAAUAAUAAUGUAUGUAUUUACUUAUGCAAAUUAAAACAUAGUCUUUGUACCAAAGCUACGUGUAAGAAGCGCACGUUUAAAGAGUUGCACCAAGCUCUUGACUGCCUACUGUGCCCUACACACGCAUGAACGACUUUAAAAGGCAUGGCCAUUUUUAAACAUUGUACGAUGCAAUCUGACUUAUUGUUAGGGUAAAGGCAAAUUUUUUUCUUCAUACCUGUAAAUGACGCUUUAUGGCGAAACAAAAAAGGAUGACACUGACCUUUUCAAAAUUUUAUGUCCAGUACGUAUAUAUACCCGGGUUCAAGCUUUCUCGCACUUAUUUGCAAUGUAUCGUAUCUGCUGCUCAGAAAUUUCCUUAUCUUCCGCUUUCUCUCCUGCUUCUCUCCUCUUUCUUUUUACCUCACCCAUCCAGUGUUCUCUAUUCCGUCACGUCCCUGGGAAGCAUCUAUUUUCUUUAACUCCCCGAGUAACACUGAUACCUCCCACGUCUUGAUACUGCUACAGAAGAUCCUGGUUAACACGGUCACCAAAGGGCCCUGAAAUUUGGCUGGCGGUAUAAACGGAGUGGCUGUAUUCACGGGGUAAGGUCAAACGUUACGACUCGUCUAAAUUGAGUGUGUCGACGUGUUAACAGAUAUAACACAAUUGCACUACUAAACAACUGGAAUGUGGAUAUACAUUUUUUUUUU